AUGCCCAGUUCAACAGCCAGGCGAAGAUCCCAUUCUCGUUCACACUCGCGCUCGCGCUCACCGACUCCGGCCGGUAACGAUGGAUUCGGCGCAAACAUGGGGCGCGAAGAGCUCGUGCAGAAUGGACGGCAACUCGAGAAGAACUAUGACAAACUUGAGGAUCAACUGGCUGAGGUCAGAAAAGAGAACGCGCACCUUAAGGCACAGCGCGGCCGUCGCAAGGGCCGGUCGCGCAAGGAACGCGCAGCACCUCCCGAACCCGAGGAGGAUAUCGGCGAAGAUGCGGCAGCAGAGCUCCGCGUGCAGGGAAAACACGCUGCCCAGAAGUUCCUGUUACGCUGCACCCUGUUCCUCGCUACUGGUUUCUCCACGAAAAUCGAGCGCAAGCGCGACUACGACUUGAGCCCCGCCAAUCGGUUCAUCAAUAGCGAGGGUGUCCUGCAGGGCCAGCUUCGAGACGUCGAGGACAUCGUCAAGGCCAUGGAUAUUGCCGACGAAGAGCGCAAGUCGGCGAUAUUCUGGUCAACUGUGAGUUACAGUGUGUUACAAAGAUUGAAACCGAACUAA